UCAAAAUGCGUCAUUUUGCGAGAAUUUGAAGUUUUGAGGGGCAAAGGGGAGUGCUUCUAAUUCAUGAACAAUAAUGCAAGCGUACCUUCUGGUGGGACCCAUCCCCAUCGCUGGCUGUGGUGGCGGGUUGCACUCCACCGUCGAUUCCAAUCUGUUCAUCGCUGCUCCACCCAGCUGGAGUAACCGUCGGCACCGCGGUCUCUGGCACGGUUACAGGUGGGGCUCACUUAUUGUAGCAUCGUCCUCGGCUGCGGCAGUCAACGGCGAACAGAACCACUACGUCGUGUUGGGCCUUGAUCAGACUGCCACCGCUGCCGAUAUCAAAAGGGCUUAUCGCCUGCUCGCUCGCAAGUAUCAUCCUGAUGUUAGCAAGGAUUCACAAGCUGCAGAAUUAUUCAAGAGCAUUCGUCGAGCAUAUGAAGUUCUCUCCAAUGAGGCAACGAGAAUUCAGUAUGAUCAGUCUCUAAAAUUUCGCCAGCAACCUUACAGGAGAAGAUGGAGUUACGGCACGGAAUUUGAUGAUGAGAUAAGAAUGUAUAGGUGGGCCAAACUGAGGCAGAAAAUGCAUGACGAAGUAUACUGGGAGCACUACAACGUCAAUGAGGGCUCCUCCUGCAACAGCAGUGAAACAGAGGAGGAAGAGGAGGAAGAGGAGGAAAAAUUAGAAGAGAGAGGUUCCUUCAUUGAAGUUCUUAGAUCAGCAUUCGUGUCACUGUUAUUGUUCCGAACAUUUGGAUCCCGAUUGUCCCUCACAUUUAGCAGCCUGCUGGCAUUGUUCGACAGGAAGCUGGAUACUGGCUAUAAAAUCGGAUAUGUAAUGGCAUGGAUUCUGGGUGGUAGGGGUGGCAUAUUGCUAACACUAUGCUUGUCAUUUGCAAGUUGGGCUUGUGGAAAAACCAGUAGUAGCGUAGUUUCGCUAGUGGUGGUAGCCAUGUGGGUUGGGUCCUAUCUUGCUAGGUAUGCACCUCUUCCCCAAGGUGCUCUGCUAACUCUUAUCUACAUGUCCAUUAAGCUACAAUCUGACCUAUAAAUAUAAACACCAUGCUCCCACUGCUACGCAUGGUUACAUAUUUUUUCCUGAAAUGAGUGGUUGUACGUAUAUUUCCGUAUGAAUGUAGUACGUAUCCGUUGAA